GCUUUUAUGCUUUUUGAGGGGAAACUCGCUUUUGUUCAAUUUCGCCUAAGUCGAUCUGAGGAUGCUUCAAGCCCUAAAUUCUACGUCUUCUUCUUCCUUCUCCAAGCUCUUCGCAUCCCGUUCUACUCUUCUCUGCUUUUUUCAGCUGUCAAUCUCUUCCAAUUCGAAGAAGAUGGAGGAACAUCGAACUCCAUCUGCGGUUCAGGCUAAUCUAGACUCCCGCUCCGGCCGCAAAUCGGCUUCUCUUUCCAAAUCGUCACUGAACACCAAGGUUGGGCAAUCAUCAUCUCUGAGUCCCAUCCAGAGAUGUAGAUCUCCACAAUCAGUUGAAAGUCAACGAAUGCAAAGUUCUCCUAAAAGGGCUAUUGGCGCCAGUCCCGAAAAACAUCCUGGAAGUGAAUCUGAAGGUCCUUUUGACAUCUGUAUACCUGCAAAUAAAGGGGGGGUGAAAUUAAAAAAAUCUUUUCUUGAAUCAAACAGAGAGAAAAGAAAGAAACUUGAAUCUCCUGCGGGGCAACAUUUAAGACCAGGAAUGGUUUUGCUGAAGAAAUUUUUAGACCACAUGGAUCAGGUAAAAAUUGUGAAGAAAUGCCGUGAGCUGGGUAUUGGUUCUGGUGGUUUUUAUAGGCCGGGAUACAGGGAUGGGGCAAAGUUGCAUCUGCAAAUGAUGUGCCUUGGCAAGGACUGGAGUCCUGAAUCACGAUCUUAUGAUAAAUCUCGUUCUUUUGAUGGUGCUGUGCCGCCCGAAAUCCCAGAAGAAUUCAGAAAACUUGUGGAUCGAGCACUAAAUGAUUCUCAUGAAUAUACAAAAAAUGUGGAAGAAAUUCCAAAUAUGUCACCAGAUAUCUGUAUAGUCAAUUUCUACAGCAAUAGUGGCAGACUUGGUCUACAUCAGGACAGAGAUGAGAGUGAGGAGAGCCUUAAAAAAGGAUUACCUGUUGUUUCUUUCUCUAUUGGUGACUCUGCAGAGUUCCUCUACUCUGAUGCAAGGGAUGUGGAUAUGCCGGAGAAAGUAAUGCUUGAAUCUGGUGAUGUGCUAAUAUUCGGUGGCCAUUCAAGACAUAUUUUUCAUGGUGUUCCAGGCAUUAAACCCAAUACAGGGCCUGAGAUCCUCGUUGACGAAAGAACAAAACUACGCCCAGGUCGCCUAAAUCUUACUUUCAGGAAGUACUAAAGUUUCAUUUGGAACGACUUUUUUAUUG